AUGGGCAAGACAGGCUCAGCCCGGGCUUCUCGCUCAGAUGGCUUCACUUCUUGCCUUUGUGGUCUUGCCCGCUCCUGGACACGUUCUGGCCGUCGAGCCCAAGCUGAGGCUGCGGAGGGGGCAAUAGGCAUUUUCAAGCAGGAUGGCUUCAGUGCCGAUGACUGGGAGGAAGAAGUCGACAAUCUCGUUAAGGAUUUGUGCGCUGCCCCGCCCAUCCGCAUCUGUUUCAUUGGUAAGCGCGGCGUUGGGAAGUCAACCUUGGUCAACAGCUUGCGCAGCCUCAAACCUUCGGAUGCUGAAGCUGCAACAGUCGGCGCAGACGAGACCACCACAGAAGAUACGACGUACAGUUUUUUGGGCAUGCGCCUGCAUGACUUGCCUGGGUGUGAAGGCAGCAUCGAGACAGCAACCAUGGGCAAGGAUUACAUCAACAAGUACAAGUUGCACGAAGCCGAUGCCUGCAUUUUUGUGUAUACAACGGUGCUGGAGCCCCGAAUGCUCGAGUGCGCCCGCAUGUUGCAGUGCGACCACAAGGUUCCCACCUUCCUCGUUCGCAACAAAGUUGGCACCGCUUGCAAAGAUGAGGUCGAAGACGGAAAUGCCAGCGACCUGUCGGAAGCUUUCCAAAGCAUUCGCGACACAGCUUUGCGCCAAAUUUCAUUGGCAGGCAACACAUACAGCAUCUUUGAAGAGGAGUCUCGGCUUUUCUUGGUGGAAGCCAGGUAUGGUUCGGCAGUUCGCCAAGACCCAAAGGAGCUCUACCAGAAGGAAUUCCACCGCUUGAAAGAUGCUCUUCAGAUGCAGAUCCGUGACGAGGCAAAGAGAGCCCAGACACAAGCCAUAUUCCAAAAGAAUGCGAAAGUGCUUGCGCGUCUCAGGGCAGCAGCCUGCAUGGAAAUCGUCGGUGGCCACUGCAUUGCUGGUGCCUUUUCCAGUGAGCUUCCGGGGCUCAUCUACGUUCACCGAAGGAGGCUGGUAAAGGUGUUCAUGAAACAGUUUGGCCUCACCAAGGAGUAUUUGACACGGUUGAAAAACACGACAAUGAUGGAGGCAGCUUUGGGCAGGCAAUUUUUUGUCAAAGAAACCCUCGACCAGAUCGUCCCCAAUGUAGCUGGGCCGGCUGUGCAGGCGGUUAUGAUGUACAGGUUCUGCGAGCGUGCAAUCAAGCAGCUGGAGCCAAUCGCUGCGAAGUAUUACGAGAUGGAAUUUGAGCUCAGCUAUGACAGGUCAGCGUGA